AUGCCAGCCAGAAAGCACAAAUCGACCCGGCGAUGGUCAAUGUAUCCAUCCCUGCACUCUCAAGUGGCGGCCCUCCUCGGGGAGUCCGACCUGUAUUUUCGCUUUCACUCGAAGGACGAUGACUUCGCGCUCCACACCUAUGAGACAAAUAUUACGGGCAGAUUCAGUUGUCCUAACGAUGAAUGCGGUUCGACUGGGUGGUCUAGCAAGAAGAUUGCGAUCACCAUUCCGAUGUAUACUGGAGACAGAUACAACGCACGGGUAUACUACCAGCGUUACCAGGAAUACAGGCGGCUCAACCAACCGAUUCUUGGUGACUCGUACGCGGAGCGGGUCGCGUAUCGCUUCAAAAAAUGGAGUGGAAUCGAGAUGGAGGGCCCCAGUGUAUGGUGGGGAGAAUAA